GAGCGCCCAUCCAUGGCCCCGCCCUUUGACUCACCUCCUUCAUGUCUUUUUUGUGUGACUGUCUGGUUUGUUUAUGAAGCGGAUCACUGGCUCUCCGUUAGCUGGACAGCUGAACAAGUGAAUGCUGUUGUCAAAAAACGCGCUUUUUGGUGUCUGACUUCAUAGAAGACACUGUGCUGUGAACGAGACAGAUAUUUAUAAAGGAGGGUAACUUAGAGAGCUAGUCAGCAGCAGUAGGCGUUGGUCAGCGGUACGAGCAGAUUGCAUUUGUUAGCUUAGCAUUUGGCUCAUUUGUAACUGUUAUGGCGUGACGUUGGACAGGAUUGACGACGCCUGGGCCAAGCCCUUUUAAUGAAAACAUCAAUCUAGAGAAGGCAGCAUAUAGAGAGACAGGUGCAUGUGUAUAACUCUUCCAUUCUGCAGGUUAGCUCGGCUUUCAGACAGCUGCCUGGCUAUUGAAUGUGACUAGCUUAGUGAGCUACAUUCAUGUUAGCAUGGCGUCAGACACUAGUGACACCGAGGAAUUCUAUGAUGCUCCUGAGGACGUUAACUUUACUCCAUCUCCCAAAGUGUCACCGGCAAAGUUUUUCAUUCCUUCGCCUCAGCUGUCGCAGAGAUCAGUAAGCGCUGCACAAGACGUGAGCUGCGGAGUGGCUGCAUCUGAGACUCAGCAAGAUGAUUCCCUACUGAUCAUUGAUAGCAUCAUUGAGGAGAGUCAGAAGGGAAGUGUUGGUGAUGGUGGUGAGGUGGCUCAGCUAUUAGAUCAGCUACAUGUUGAUGUAAGAGAAGAACCGGAGCCAAAGGUUGAGAAUAAUGCUCAGGAAGUUCCUGUGGAGCCAGCAGCGCCAGCUGUUGAACCUCAUCUUGUCGAGCGGCCAGAGGAACAACAGGAAAAUGCAGCAACAAACGGAGCAUGCUCUAUACCUGCCGCUGAACCCACAGAUCUCCCAGGGCCAUCAGUUGGGUCACAAGAAGGUUUUCAGCCCCCAGACAUCACCAGAACCGUAGGACUGAGUCAGCCUGAUGGGGCUGCUGUGGUUGCAGGAGGGGAGCAGGAGCAGAGACCUGCAGAUAUCUUGGACCAGGUCCCAUACACAGACAGGUCGGCUGACUCAGACUCUGGGCCUACAAAACCUCCACGACAAUUCACAGCGGAACCGGACAUUGUAGCAAGCACCAAGAAGCCUCCUCCCUCACGCCCACCCCCUCCCAUCGGAGGUCCUCCACCAAGACCGCCUCCGCCGUCUUGGCAAACUCUACCUUCCAAGAAGUCUCAGGAGUGUCUGAGGCCAAUUGGACUGGAAGUGUCUGCAGUCAGCGGCGAUGCUCUGGAGCCCUCCGGCCUGGUGUCUCCUAGCAGCACAGUGAGGAGUCUAACCAAAGAGCUGCAGCAUUCCUUGGAUCUGGCCAGUGCCACCAGUGGGGACAAAGUGGUGACAGCACAGGAAAAUGAGGAUGAACAGGCGUCUCAGAGUGGAGGACAAACUCCAGGCCCUCAGCGUCCACGUUCCAACUCUGGUAGAGAACUGACAGAUGAAGAAAUCCUGGCCAGUGUGAUGAUCAAGAAUUUGGACACUGGGGAAGAAAUCCCUUUAAUCCAGGCAGAAGAGAAACUUCCUGCAGGGAUUAACCCCCUCACUCUGCACAUCAUGAGGAGGACCAAAGAGUACAUUACUAAUGAUGCAGCGCAGUCAGAUGACGAUGACAAGGCUCAGGCUCCACUGGCAGACACAGAUGGAGGAAAACUAAAACAGAAAACAACCCAGUUUAAAAAGUUCCUGGGCAAGUCUGUGAAGAAGGCCAAGCAUCUUGCUGAGGAAUAUGGAGAGAAGGCAGUCAACAAAGUGAAAAGUGUGCGUGAUGAAGUGUUCCAUACAGAUCCAGAUGAUCCAUCAUCAAGUGACGAUGAGGGCAUGCCUUACACCAGGCCUGCCAAGUUCAAGGCGGCACACAGCUUCAAGGGUCCCUUUGACUUUGAUCAGAUUAAGGUUGUGCAGGACCUGAGUGGAGAGCACAUGGGGGCUGUUUGGACGAUGAAGUUCUCUCACUGUGGGAGGCUGCUGGCAAGCGCGGGCCAAGAUAAUGUGGUUCGCAUCUGGGUCUUGAAGACCGCCUUUGACUACUUCAACAACAUGAGAUUAAAGUACAACACUGAAGGUCGAGUUUCACCUUCUCCUUCUCAGGAAAGUUUAUGCUCCUCUAAAUCUGAAGAUCACGGGGCAAGUUGUGCUCCAGAGGACCCAGACACAGAAGAUGGGAAAGCCCCUUUCCGUCCAGUCCCCUUCUGCAAGUAUAAAGGUCAUACAGCAGAUCUAUUGGACUUGUCCUGGUCAAAGAACUUCUUCCUCCUCUCCUCUUCCAUGGAUAAAACCGUCAGAUUGUGGCACAUAUCCAGGAGAGAGUGCCUCUGCUGCUUUCAGCACAUUGAUUUUGUCACAGCCAUUGCUUUCCAUCCCAGAGAUGACAGAUACUUUUUAAGCGGCUCUCUGGAUGGAAAGCUACGGCUCUGGAACAUUCCUGACAAGAAGGUGGCGCUGUGGAAUGAGGUGGAUGGCCAAACGCGCCUCAUCACGGCAGCUAACUUCUGUCAAAAUGGGAAGUAUGCGGUCAUCGGCACCUACGAUGGUCGAUGCAUCUUCUAUGACACAGAGCGCCUGAAAUACCACACUCAAAUUCAUGUGAGGUCCACAAGAGGCAGGAACAAAGUUGGACGCAAAAUCACUGGCAUUGAACCUCUACCUGGAGAGAAUAAGAUUUUGGUGACCUCAAAUGAUUCCCGCAUUCGCCUUUAUGACCUGAGGGACUUGUCUUUAUCCAUGAAAUACAAAGGUUAUGUGAACAGCAGCAGCCAGAUCAAGGCGAGCUUCAGUCAUGACUAUUCCUUCAUAGUCAGUGGCUCAGAGGAUAAGUAUGUGUACAUCUGGAGCACAUACCACGACCUGAGCAAAUUCACAUCCGUACGACGGGACCGCAAUGACUUCUGGGAAGGAAUUAAAGCACACAAUGCAGUGGUCACCUCGGCAAUUUUUGCACCGCACCCAGGCCUUAUUGUUCCACAAGAAGCUGGAGCAGCAGACAAACCAGAAGCAGAGUGUAAGAGCCUGGACUCCACAGACUCUGAAACGAUACCCUCAGGAGCACUAAAGACGGAUCACACAGAGGUUCUACUCUCUGCUGACUUCACUGGAGCCAUCAAGGUUUUCAUCAACGUAAAAAAGUACUGAGCACUUCAGAGGUUGUCAGCUCCCCCACACUCAGGCCUGUCUGACGGAGAUCAGUCCUACUGACGAAGGACAGCCCGCCAGGGGCCACCUAACAUCGCCCAACUACCUAAUGGUUAUUGCUCUGAUACAAAGAGCCGUCUGUAGCGUUUUCGGGAGACCAGGGACCCUAAAAUGGAACAUGAGGGAAUAGGUGGAAGAACUGGACUGUACGAUACAGACACGGUGUGAUUCCCUGUCACAUUUCUAUUUUUUAUCUUUAAUACCAAGCAACUGUGAAUGGUUUGGCAUUAAGAAAAAAAGAGAGCCGGAAAUGCCAAGUGUGUGUGGUCUUUUCAGAUAUGUGUGUGUUAAUUUACAGCUGUAUGUUCAAGACUGAGUGUAGGUAGAUGGCUAUUUGUAACAGUAUGGGCACCUUACUAAUUUCUUUUGCUUCCACAUUUCAGAUAGAUAAGUUAAGUGCAAGACACUGUCCUAAUGUCAGUCACAAAUUUUAAUGUGUCUUAUGUAAAGAGAUGUAACCAUUUGUUUUGAAAGCAAGGUGGUAUGAAAUGAUUUGUGCCUACAAAAUCUAGUCAGCUUUUCUAAAUUCAACUUCGAGCUUUCCUCUAAAAUAUAUCAAACAUUUCAGCGGAUGACAGCAAAUCUACGGUACAGGAAAUCUGUAUACGGUUACUAACGAUUAGGGCUGGGUAUCUUACAUUUUUUCAGAAACAAUACUGGCUCUUAUGUACUUUUGAUAAAUUGUUUUGUUCAAUGAAAGCACAUUUCAUUAUAAAAUAGUACUGUAAAUUCAGUGUGUAACAUUGCUGCUUUUGUAAACAGAACCAAAUGAUGCUCUAUUAAUUUCCUCAAUAAAAGUCCACACAAAACUAGAAGAAUGCUUGUUGAUAAACUUUUUUUUAACCUUGAAAAAUCAAAUCAAAGCCAACAAUUUAGUAACAGUAAAAAUAUUUGUGAUACCUGGCCCUACCAAAAAUGUCCUCCACACACACACAUUCAUCACCAACACAGUGAUUUAUUUAGUGUCGGAACUUUGCAGCAACAUUUCUGGUUAUCAUUUUAGAAACAAACAUUAAAACAAAAAUAUAUAUAAUUAGUUACAGUGUUCAAACUUCAUCAUACAAAAAGAGUGCUUCAUCUUGCAUGGAUAGUGUAAGUUGGGACCAAGAGAGCAGACGUGUCGGUCUGUUUAAAGAGCACUGCGUUGUGUAACCCGCGGCACACCAGCAGGCUAAUGAAUGACCAGGUCCAGAGUUGAGAGUCAAUAUUUGCUCUUCUUUACCUUCUUGUGAGAGCGAUGUGGUGACCGUGACCUGGACUUCCCUACCUUCCGGUCUGGAGAUGGUGAUCGGGAACGCUUGGACCAUUUGGGAGACCUUGUCCUGUAAAACAUGUAACGGAAUGACUUCAAGAAUAACAAUCAGGAUUAAUACAUUGACCCUCUACAAAAAAAAAUCUCAUUGCACUUGCUUUAAAGGAGAGAUGCUCCUCGAUUUUCGGGUCUGGUCGUCGGGAUCUCUACUCCAUCCUCGUCUUCUGACCCCAUCUUCACUUCUUUUGCUCUUGUCUUUGUCCCUUCUGUCAUCCUUUGACUUGUCUUUAGACUUUGAUGUCAAUCUCUCAUUCUUUUCUUCAUCUUUUUCAAACUCCUAUAGUAGUAAAACAUCCCAAUGAAGUUAGAUACAGGCUUCUAUGUCUUUGUCUUUGUUAAGACGCAAAACACGAUAUGGAACUGGCAUGCAACUCACAAACCCACUCAUUUGCACAUAAUAGCCUGUGGGUUCAGCAUAAGGGGGAGCUGCUUUGUCGAUGUCAGACCAGUUCAACACAUGCUAAACUGUUCCACGGACACAUCAUUCUUUCAGACCUGCAGAUGUAUACCAGUACAUAUCGACACUGACACCUACAGGCAGAGAGAGUUUUUUUUACAGAUGCUGUUUUCUUUGUGGCCAACAAUAUUACUGUGUCAAAUAUGCACAAAAUACUUGGAGCAGUAUAAACUCUUCUUAAGUACUGUAUUCAACAGAGACUCCAGUAAACAAACAAUCAAUUGUGCAUUUUUAACUUGUAAAAUAAAAAACGCAACUGUAGCUAGACUUUCCUUCCCUGUAGAUGGUGCAUAUUGGACUAAAUUUGCAGAUCUGAAACUGCUCGCCCUGUGGCUCUGCGGUUUCACAUUGACUGUGUCUGCUUUUGAGUGCUUAACAUCAGUAACACUGUUUUUUUUUUUACUGUGUCAAUUGACUAAUUUCAGUCUAAUUUUCAUGUACUAAUAGCAAGCACUUUUGUAAAUUUUGCCCCAUACUGUUCUUGAUUAAAGAAAUAUUUCUAUUCUA